GCUCUUUGCCUUCGUUUUCAAUUAUCAACACAUGUCCCGUCCAAUCUACGUAGGUAUUAAAAAUACGGCAUAAAGAUAAAUCAAGUUUUCGGAUAGGUAGUGAUCGCCGUCAAUACAUGCUGUGUUCUGCCAAAUAUCCACGCAAUUUCUUCACCUUGUAUUUAUAUCGAUGAUUUAAUUGGGGGCAAUCAUUGAAUCAAUAUUUUAUCAGUAUAUUAUGUAAAAAUAAUUGAAUAAAAUGGUACAAGUUGAUACGAAAGUAACGAUGUAACAGCUGUUCCAACUAUGACAGAUUGUAUAUUGGGUGUUGCCAAGUGUUGGAAUGGAUUUAUAUAUGAAAGGAUUAUUAAGAAUUAUGAUAUCGGUGCUAUGAUUAAACGAGGAGGCAAACUAAACGAUUAAAGAGAAUGCAUAAACAGAAAUUAACUUGUUACACGUUCAAUGAUUUAUCGUGUGAAUGGGUUGUCGAGAAGAUUAUCUACGUGUUGAUAAGGUUAGGACAAACCUAUCAGCCAUGAAGACUCCCGUACCUCAGCAUUUAAAUGGGAGUAAUGGUCAGAGUGUCGCGUCUGAAAAGACCGCAUCAUAUUUGAUAUCACGUUAUAACAAUCCAUCCAAUAAUUAUCAUGUUUUGAAAGUAGCUGGACGUGAUUCCAAUUGUUAUAUCGCCAAUAAUAUUGCUCCGAAAGUAGGGAAACAGCAAUUAGUAUCAUUGAAUGGUGAUUCUGUAAGUUGUAACAGUGUCAAUGUAAAUGAGGCUUUGGCAUGUGAUGUAGUUACUAUGCCAGCGGUAAAGACAAAAGCUUUAUGUGUACACAUUCGUGAAAAUAAAUGGUACGACGCUGGCAAUGUAGUUUCUGUAGGAGUGGCAGGUACCAGUCUCAGUCAUGCCUUGGAGAGUAUGUCUUUGGCUUAUAAUCCUACUACAAAACAGAUAUAUUCUAUGGAAGAGAACGAUAUGCAUUAUGACUGUAAAUCACAGUAUUUAGAAUCGCCAUGCAAUGGUAAAGAAUUGUCAGCCAGUAUAGUGUCAAAAAUUGAUGGAGAUAAAUAUAUGAAACUUGAAAGUGGCAGUGCAAAUAGUAGCCCUAGAAACAGUUUACCUCGUUCAUGUAGCAGUACAGUGUCUUCCCUUAGCGAAGUAUCACCCUCUGGAAGUUUCUUAGGAUCCGACGAACAGCACAUUGUUGUAGAUAAACAAGAAAAAUCAAAGCGCUGGGGAUUAAAUACAUUGUUUGCAAAAAAUGUCUUUUCUUGGAAAAAUAAAGGUUCUCAGCAAUCAACUCCUACGGGUAGUCCGUCGAGAAAUAUCGAUAAAGUAGGAGGAAGUUUAGCUCUAAUACAACAGCCCAGACCAGCAAACUUACCUGCAAAGAAUGCUUUGGAGGAAGAACGUCAUCGUAAGCAAUAUACUGCAAUUUUAGAAGCUGCACGUAAAAGAGAGUUACGCGAGGAAAAAGAACGAAAGCAACAAAGGGAACAGCAACUUAAGGAAGAAGAAAGAUUAGCAGAAGAUUCCCAUACGUGGAAUGUUCAUGUUUUACCCAAAUUUGAAAGCGUUAAAGAUACAAAGAAAGUACGUGAACUAUGGUGGCGUGGUUUGCCACCAAGCGUGCGAGGCAGAGUUUGGAAAUUAGCUAUUCAGAAUAGUUUAAAUAUAACGCCACAUUUGUAUAAUCUUUGCUUGGACAGAGCAAUGUCUAAUCCAACAAAUGAAUCGUUAUCGGCGAUUAAAUUAGAUGUAUCUCGUACCUUUCCUACCUUAUGUGUCUUUCAAGAAGGUGGACCAUUAUCAGAUAGCCUUCAAGGUAUUUUGGCAGCCUACGCCGUUUAUAGACCAGAUGUUGGCUAUGUGCAAGGAAUGAGUUUUGUGGGCGCUGUAUUAUCAUUAAAUAUGGAGCCCUCAGAUGCCUUUGCCUGCUUUGCUAAUCUUUUAAACCAUCCUUGUCACAGAGCCGCCUUUACCUUGGACCAAAAAAGAAUGAAUGUUUAUUACAAGGUAUAUUCAAGCGCGCUUGCACAUAAGCUGCCAAAAAUAUUUUCUCAUUUCACAGUAGCUGGUCUUAGUCCAGACCUGUACCUGUUAGAUUGGUUGUAUACUAUAUAUGCCAAAGCAAUGCCUCUUGAUGUUGCAUGCAGGAUCUGGGAUCUAUUCCUCAGAGACGGCGAAGAGUUCCUUUUUAGAACGGCGCUCGGCGUAUUACAUUUGUAUCAAGAAGAAUUGUUGAAAAUGGACUUUGUACAUGGAGCGCAAUUUCUUACCAGAUUGCCUGAGAACCUUCAGGCAGAAGCUUUGUUUAACAGUAUUAGCCAAAUGUCUACUACUGUUGGAAAUACAACAUUCCAGCAAAUGUUGAUACAGUUUUCUUCAGUGUGAUUUUUUAGCUCUAUUUAAGAGUGAUUUGAUUUAGUUCAUAAUUGUACAUUGCACAGAAAAUUUCUUCUUUUCUAGUGAAUCUGAUGAAGAGUAGUGUGUGAAAAUUUUAAAUAUAUAAUGUAUUUAAAUUUUUAUGACGUCAAAAGGACAGAACGCACUCGGUAACCUGGUAGUAGGACCAACAGGUACAUACGCCAUACCUACAUACUACAACGUCAUGUGUCGUGGGGCGCAGAUAAAAGGCGAAUGGAGAAAUGAAAAGGAUAAAGGAAAACCGACAAAGGGAACGCAAGUGGAUACUCUUUGCCGGACGAGACAUCACUCAACUAAUCUUCCUAACUUUGACUUCUAUCCUUAAUUGGAGAGGAUCCAGGAACGAGAAGGUCUAGAGAGAAGAUAUGUACUAGGUUGUAGGUGAGCUGAGGGAAAUUCUCCGUUGGACGAGUAAAUAGGGUUUUUACUCCUACCAGCUUAUUUCCACGCCAUGUCACGCCAUGCCACACAGCACGUCACGCUAUGCUUUCAUUUAAAUUCGACGUAGACUUAAACCGUUACGAGCCAGGCCAAGGAGUCUUUCUGGAAUUCUGGAAUCUCCUUGGUCUUUCUCCGGAACGCCGAGAAUAUGUCUGGGGUAUGGAGGAGCAGCUACGUUUAUUAGGCGGCUAAAGGAUCCCUCGUGGACUUGCUACGAGGUGACAACUUAAAAGAAAAAGAGAGAGAAAGAGAGAGAGAGAGAAAGAGGGAAUCGCAUUUGUCGAAUUAUGUUCGCUCGUAUGGUUGGAGAAUGAGAGGUGUAAAAAUUCACAUCGAUCAUCCAUCUUGCUUCUUCCCACGAGGGAAAAAAAAUGACGAGGAUGAUGAUCCCCGAUGUUGGAAGAAAAUAUUUUUUCAAGAUUUCCAGAGGGAGAGAUGAAAGGUUGCCGCAUCACAGUCCUUAAUCGCUCAGUCCGGAAUUCGUGAUAUCUUGGGCUCUGGAGGGAACCGUUUGAAGACGGACAACAGCCUGCAAAGGUGAACGUAUAUUAUUGGCUUACCUGUUUCAACAUAAUCGAUUCCAGUUCGUCGAGGGGCCACCGAUAAGGACGCAUUCCAAGGUGUCGCUCGAGUACGAAUACACGAGAGGAACAAGGUAUCCCAAGCAUCGAUCCGGUAGAAAGGAGAGAAUCCAUAGGAGAGAAAGGAGCAAAGGAGAGGAGAGUGAGCUUGAUUUACAGCUAGUCAAGGUGGUUAGGACAGAGUAGUUUUCACGGUCGGCUGCAAGGGAUCAUGGCAAAAAUUUACGAUCGAACUAUCGACGAACAUCGUACACAUUUUGUAUCGAACGUUAUAACCACGGAAUAAAAAAGAAAAUGAAGAGAGAGAGAGAGAGAGAGAGGGAGAGAGAGAAGAAAAAAGGGAUGAAAGUCUGGACCGAGUUGACGGGUUAAUCGAGAUCACGAGUUUACGACUCCUUUCACAAAUCACCAUAGUUCGUACGGGAUAGCAACGAGGAAUAUGUAUCCCUUUUUUCCUACGAUAAUUAUUAUAAUCGGCUGUCAAGUGCUCGUUAUCGUGACGGAACGUGAAAACGCUAAAUUAAAUUUAAAUCCCGUACGGUAUACGCGCCUUUUCGAAGGAGGAUGAAAGAGAGAGA